UAACAAUGGUCUUCCGCAUUGCCACUACACUCGGUUAGCCAUUAAAAGAAAUUCCAAAGUUUCUGUUAGGCAAACGCACUUGAUGAUCAGGGAAAAAAAUGCAAGCUUUCCAGGAUGACCUCUGACCUCUUUACUGGACCAGAUUUUAUUUAAAAUAAAGCUGAAGGAAGGGAAGGAAGAAAGUUUGAUUUGAUGUUGAGGUCAAAAACUUGCAGAGGAGUUCAAGGUGAGAGAAGACUGUUUUGGGUGCAUAACACUAAGGUAAAAGAAACCACAUUAGGCUUGGUGUGAUCAGAAAACUAGAGAAGGGAUUUAAGUUCUGCCUGGGGGUGUUCACCCCGACUGUUCUGGGGCUGGAAGCGUAGAAAAACAGAAAAACAACCAUCAACUUGAAGGCAAGACACAAUGAUCAGUUGUCAUUUGAGCUUUGAUUGACUUAGCUCCAUUUUCUGGAGUUGCACAAUAUACAGAAUUACAAACGAGUCAAUUAAUGGGCAGGAUUCGGAGAAGGCUUUCUCAGAUGAAGCCCUGUGUUUGUAAUAGGGAUGGUAACGUCUUGUUCUGAACUAGGAUGGGGACAUUUUGGUGCUAAUGUGUUGGGCUUAUAAAAAGUAUGCCAGAAGCGACAGUCCAAAAAGUGGGUGGGUGCAAUGGGUAGGAUCAGGACAGAAAUUCCAUUGAGUUGAGCUUACAUCUGAUUUUAAAUUGUAACAAAUUAAAUACAGCAUAUUUGCUGAGUCCCAGUGCCUUUGAUGAAUACAGAAAUGUAUUAAUCAUCAUUCUUCUUUCUGUCACAUUAAAAACCACAGAAACAUUCGGUGGAGUUUUUUGGGAGGAACAGUGGAGGUGGCAUUAAGGUUUGGGGGGGGGCACUAAUUUGUCCAACCUUGCCUCUCAGAUUAAAGGGGCUUUGAGGGUGCCCUACUAACAUUAAGCAUUAUCUUCAUAGUGCCUCUCUGUUUCUAACCUUGCAUGUGUUUUUUGUUUAGGAACUUUGGGGAAGACUCCUUCUUCUUAAAGAGGGAUGACAUGUAACGGCCCCACUUCCGAGGACCUGGCCCAAGAACUGGCUCAGCUGGAUUCCAGACAAGAAACAUUUGCCAAUUUUCCAAGUCAUUGCCCAGUUUCUUCCUCGGCUCUAGCCCAGGCAGGGUUCUUCUACACUGGACAGGGAGACCAAGUCAGAUGCUUUAGCUGUCUUGCAACCCUAGAAGGAUGGAAACAGGGGGACUCGGUGUUUGGAAGGCACAAAAGCGUUUCCCCAAACUGCAGGUUUAUCAACAGUGUUAACUUUGAACAGCUUCCUCUGCUUUGCACGGUUCCAAAUGGCCCUCCUGGAAGAGAAACUGGCUUUGCAGCCACCUCUGUCCCACCAGAUCCUGAUCUGUCCCCUGAUCUUGAGGCAGAUUACUUACUGAGAACCAGGCAAGUGGUGGACCUCUCUGGCUCCCCUUACCCCCAAAAUCCUGCCAUGUGUAGUGAAGAGAUCCGGCUGAGAUCUUUUCACCGCUGGUCUCCUUACGCGCCGGUCACUCCGAAGGAGCUGGCCAAUGCUGGACUUUAUUACCGAGGCAUUGAUGAUGAAGUCGAAUGCUUCUGUUGUGGGGGCAAGUUGAAAAACUGGGAACGUGGUGAUCAGGCUUGGUCAGAGCAUCGCCGCCAUUUCCCAAGAUGUUUCUUUGUCCUCGGUCAUGAUGUUGGCAAUGUUAGGACCGUUCCAAAUCAAUCAGGGGAUGCACAGCUGGAGAGAAGCAACAGCCAUCGGGCCCACCCUCCACACAACCCAUUGAUGGCAGAUUUUGCAAACCGCAUCAAGACUUUUGUGACGUGGAACUACUUGGUUAGCAAGGAGAGGCUUGCUCAAGCAGGCUUUUACAGCCUAGGUACUGGCGACAGUGUUGAAUGCUUUUCCUGUGGUGGAGGAUUGAAAGAGUGGAAGGCUGGUGAGGAUCCAUGGGAGGAGCAUGCAAGAUGGUUUCCUGGGUGCAAAUAUCUGGGCGAAGAAAAAGGCCAGGCCUUUGUGAACAGUGUUCAUUUAAAUCCUUUGCCGCAGGAAUCAGCCACAGAAGAAUCUGAGGAAAUGUCAACUAUUGAAGAUGAGGAACAUUUGCAAAACCAGAUGGUCCAGAGUGCAUUGCAAAUGGGAUUCAACAUGGAGGAAAUUAGGAAAACAGUGGAAAGAAAACACCGCCUUUCGACUGAGUGCUACCGAUCUGUUGAGGCUCUUAUCACAGACUUAAUCAGUUCCCAGAGAGAGAAUACAUCCAGUGUAACUUUAGGAAACAACCUGCAGAAAGAUCUCAGUACUGAAGAGAAGCUGAAACGUUUGGAGGAAGAAAAGAUCUGCAAGAUCUGUAUGGAUAAACCCAUCUCAGUGGUCCUCAUUCCUUGUGGGCACCUCCUGGCUUGCCAAGAUUGCGCCGAUGCGGUGGAGAAGUGCCCGUGGUGUUGUAAGGUCAUUGCACACAGGCAGAAGAUCUUUAUGCCCUAGUUGGAUGUGCCCGUUGUGAGAUUCCAUUAAAAAACAAGCCCUGACCCAGAUAACGCAGGUGUUGACUCAAAAAUGGAUUUGGUGAGAAUAAGCUUUAAUUGGAUGCGCAGGGUUGUGGUAUGAAUCACUGAGAUGGUGUUGAUUGGAUUUUUAAUCCUACUAUUACAUUGUAUACACUUUUAGCCUUAGCGCCUGAACUUGAGAGCUUGCAAUCAGGCAUUUGGGGCCAGAAUCCUUUCAGCGUUCAUCGCAGAAGAGCCUUUUCAAUAGUGGAGAGUAUCUGCAGCUCAUGGUGGAACUGUUGGGUUCUUGAUGUUCUCUGAGCUUUUUUUCUUGCAGAGUUUAGCCUGGUAAUGAGACGUAUGCAGGCACACCAAGAACUUGAUAAUAGCCGUUGUGUUGGAUACCGAGGUGUUUCCCUACUGCCCUUUCCCCAUCAACUUUCUUAUAGACUUGCUAAACUCGCUCCUGAAAGUUUGACAGCAGUCUGAAAAUUGCCUUUUAUUCUUUUUGCAUGCAGUACCAACAUCUUUCCAAUCUUCUGUCUGUCCCAAUUGCAGUCUGAAGCGGUAUAGCCCAGACCCAAGGCCAGCACUUUAGUAAAAAACAGCUGGAUGGAAAAGGGUGUGAAGGAUAUUUCAGAACAAGGGAAGAAGUAGAUGUAGUACUUACCUGUUUUUUCAUCCAUUCAGGAUAGAUUUUUCAAGUGCAGCAGCACCAAUAGCCAUAUUUUGCAAAUCCAAUCACCUUUCCUUUGUCUUUCUCUUGGAAGGAAGAUGCUAGUCACGUGGCUUCUUUCUUAACAUGACCGUCUUAAUUGCAGAAAAGAGGGACCACCCUCUUGACCCCCCUUCCUAUCCCAAUGAAAGGCUUACCUGGGCUUUAGCAUGUCAUCCAUAUGUGGAAUGGCUGGAAUUGCAGAAACUAGAAUGGAACCCUACAACCUGACUUAGUUUCACAUUCCAGUUUCCACAAACGCAGCCUGACAGAUGCUUGGAUCCAGAGGUCAGGGCAACGUUCUGACUUUGGGUAACGAGCUGCAGAUCAAUUUGGAUAAGAUGGUGGUACGCAUGUCCUCAUUCACUUUUCUCAGUGGAUAAAUCUGAUGCGUGAACCUAGCUUGAGGUUUUAUGAUGUAAGUAUAGAAUUGAGUUGCUGUUCUGGUAUACAGGGUACUUCACUAGAAUAAAGGGAGCAUCAGAUGGAUUGCUGGUAUCGGUAUGUGUGGCUUUGAAAUAACAUUGUAACAGGUGGAAGCAAUACAUCAGAAAUCGGUGCAAAUCCUUUAAUAAAACAGUGAAGUUUAGAUUAGAAUUUGAGACACAGAUGACCUGCGUUUUCCACUUGCAUUCAAACAAUCAGGCAGCAAAACAAGCCGAAUGGAACAUUAAUCAAACACCAUCCCUGUUGCCUCCUUAUUGAAGAAAGAGUGAGGACUAGGUAAUCUUUUUUAAAUUCCAGAAGAAUAAAUGCGAUGGUGGUUUUUAAUUUUACUUCAGGGACUCCUUCGCCUUUGUUAAAUUGCUAAUAGAGAAUGCUAGGAUGCAAAAUCUCUAAAGUACUAGCUCAUAAUAACUCUCCUUUUGAGAUUAAAAUAUUCUCCCCCUCCUAAUUUUGUGCUUUUUGAUCAGUGUUUCUCAACCUUGGCAACUUUAAGAC